UAACUAACCUCUUCUUAGUUCUUACACCCCGCCUUGUUUCUCGUCCUUCCUCAUUUCUAUGUUUUCUCUCUCCUUUUUUUUUUUCUCUCUCUUGAAUUCCGCCAUUGUUAACCAUUGUUGUUCUACACAAGAGCUUCUUCAAUUUUCUCUACAAUGUCGGCCUCGGAUUCCGAGUCUGCUUCCGGUCGUGCCAACAAAGGCACCGGAGAAUAUAAGAAUUUCCGCAUGACUAGCCGUGAUCGGCUGUUAUAUGAGAUGCUCCAGUCAACCUCAAGUGAAUCAAAAUCAUGGAAGGUAUUGAUUAUGGACAAAGUCACUGUCAAAGUUAUGUCCUCAUCAUGCAAGAUGGCAGACAUCACGGAUCAGGGGAUUUCUUUGGUGGAAGAUCUUUUCAGGAGAAGGCAACCAUUGCCCUCACUAGAUGCUAUCUAUUUCAUUCAGCCUUCAAAGGAAAACAUAGUCAUGUUCUUGUCUGACAUGUCAGGAAGAGAACCUUUGUACAAAAAAGCCUUUGUAUUUUUCUGUCAACCUGUUCCAAAGGAAUUAGUUAAUCACAUCAAGAGCGAUAUGAGUGUGGUACCCCGUAUAGGUGCUUUACGAGAGAUGAAUUUGGAAUUCUUUCCAGUGGAUACCCAGGUGUUUGUUACUGAUCAUGACAUGGCAAUGGAGGAGCUCUAUGGAGAGACUUCACAAAAUGCUCGGAAAUAUGAUGCUUGUAUGAAUGCAUUAGCAACACGUAUUGCCACCGUCUUUGCUUCAUUAAAGGAACUCCCCUAUGUGCGGUAUCAAGUUGCAAAGGAUCCUGAUAGAGCAUCUGCUAAUGAAUUGAUUCCCUCGAAGCUUGCUUCAGCAAUUUGGGACCGUCUAACAAACUAUAAAUCCUCAAUACCCAAUUAUCCCCAGAAGGAAACAUGCGAGUUUCUUAUCCUGGACAGAUCUGUUGAUCAGAUUGCUCCAGUGAUACAUGAGUGGACUUAUGAUGCCAUGUGCCAUGACUUGCUGGAAAUGGAAGGAAACAAAUUGGUGCUUGAGGUCACUAACAAAGCAACUGGUCAGCCUGAGAAUAAGGAAAUUCUUCUGGAAGACAGUGAUCCUGUAUGGCUAGAGAUCCGUCAUUUGCACAUAGCGGAAGCUAGUGAACGGCUUCAUGACAAAAUGACGAACUUUGCAUCAAAGAACAAAGCUGCAGCACUGAGUCAAGCCUCAAGAGAUGGAGCAGAACUUUCAACGCGUGAUUUGCAAAAGAUGGUUCAAGCUUUGCCACAGUACACUGAACAAAUGGAAAAGCUUUCUCUGCAUGUGGAGAUCGCUGGAAAAAUAAACAAAAUUAUCAGAGAUAUGGAGCUCCGAGAGCUUGGACAGUUAGAGCAAGAUAUUGUCUUUGGAGAUGCAGGAACAAAGGAGAUCAUCACCUUCUUAAGGACACAUCAGGAUGCAUCUGUUGAGAAUAAAUUGCGCUUGUUGAUGAUUUAUGCAUGUGUGCACCCUGACAAGUUUGAAGGAGAUAAAGCUUCAAAGAUAAUGCAGUUAGCCAAAUUGUCAGCAGAGGAUAUGAAGGCUGUAAAAAAAAUGAGACUGCUUGCUGGAUCAUCAGAGACUAAGAAGAAACCGAGUGGGAGUUUCUCUCUAACAUUUGAUGGUCAGAGGAAAAAAGUUGCUGCUAGAAAAGAUAAAACCAGUCCCGAGGAGGAAACUUGGGCUUUAUCCAAAUUUUAUCCUAUGCUAGAGGAACUCAUAGAAAAUGUGAAUAAAGGUGACUUAUCAAAGAAUGACUAUCAUUACAUUAAUGAACCAGCUCCAAUCAACAAAGAGCGCAAUCAAAGCCAGAGUGCUUCCGUCAGCACGACGACGACAACUGGUCCACGUUCAAUGAGAUCAAGACGUACAGCAACUUGGGCCCGUCCUCAUCAUUCUGAUGAUGGAAGCAAUGACUCAGUAUUGAGACAUUCACCCAGUGAUUAUAAGAUGAUGGGAUCGCGUAUCUUCAUAUUUAUCAUUGGAGGAGCUACUAGAUCUGAGUUACGAGCUUGCUACAAACUUACUACAAAACUUAGGAGAGAAAUUGUACUUGGUGCAACGAGUAUAGAUGACCCUCCACAAUAUUUAACGAAACUCAAGCUAUUUUCGGAAAAAGGUCUUUCUGUAGAAGGCCUCAAACUCUGAGCAUAUGCCUCAUUGUUUACAAGAGGAGCACACAAAGAUGCUUUUGUAGCUUUUUCUCAUGUUUUCUGUAGAGACUUUCAAUGUGGUGCAAUACAGCAGAAUAGAAGCUGCACCAAAACUGCUUGAUAGAGGCUGAUUUUCAGAUUAGCUCAGAUAGAUCAACAUACUUGUGAAAAAGAACAUUUUAUUCUGCACUCGUCCCAGCAUUAUGGGAAGAACUUAAUCAUGUUUAUAGUAAUAGAAGGGUUAGAAAUUCUUUUUGUUUCUUGGGGAGGGUUGCAUUAGGAAGCAUCCAGCAAAAGCUUGUUGCUUUUUACAUUGCAUCACAGGAAAGCAAUCUAAGCUAUGAAACUAAUUUAGACAAUUUUGUAAUUGUGUAUUAAGAGUUUUUGAUGCUCUAAUAUGUGUUUCUCGGUGUACUAUCACCGUCUUAA